UACAAGUCGCGCACCUGUCCGCCGAAGAUCUGCGGGGGUCCGUGCGUCUGCAUCGAGGGCCAUGUGAUCGACGAGCGGCGAUCGGGCUGCGUUCUGCGGAUAGAUUGCGGGCAGAAGCAGCUGAAUGUUCCCUCGUACCAAGUGAGCAGCGUGAAGUACUUUGGUGCCAAUUACGGCCAAUACCUUAUCCCUACAUGAAGGAAUUGUGAAAUUACUAAUGUGAGUGCAACCAAAUAAAAAUAAAUCAGUGCCGA